CAGCCACGGAAGCACCAGCCCCCUUCCUUUAUCAUGAACACAAAACAAACUAUAUUCAUUCAUUUUGCCUGACUUAAAGCCAUGCCACUACUAUCGUUGCCCUACAGUGCAAUUCCAAACAAUGCACGCGACGGUUAUAGCAUUGAGUGUUGCUCUUAUUCAAGUUCGAAACAUUUUUAAUAGAUAAACAAAAAGUCUAGAAAACAUAUCGACUUUUUCAGAGAUUUGACGGCAACAAAAAAAAAAAAAGCUCAUCAAGUUUAUAAUUGUUGUCUCUUUUAUUUUUGGGUGUAUUUUUGCUCAUAAAAACUCUUAAAUAAAAAAACUAGAUAUACAACUAAUGUCCGGAAUGGGUUGUCGUUGUGUAACAAUUCGCGAAGAAUUUGCCACACGUAUGUCGUCGCCCUCAAAGAUCAGAAGUAGCAGCGCUAGCCGCCGCAGCGGCAGCAGCAGCCGUACGCCAAAGGUUAUCGCGUUCGGUAAUGUUUUAUUGGAUGCAACGGUCCAGCUUAAUGAUCUGGAUAUUCUUAAACGUUAUAAAUUGUCGUUGGAUGCAAAAGGCGAAAUCGAUAUCGGAACUUUGACAAAAAUAUCGGAGGAAAUUUGUGGCAGCUUGAUGGCACCAGUGAACUGUGGUGGUUCCGCUCUUAACACAACACGCAUAUUAAAACAGCUAGGGACUGAGUGCUUAUUCUUUGGGGCCGUUGGCGGAGAUCCACUGGCGGACUUACUCAAGGGUAUCCUCAAUAAGACGGGUGUACGUACCAGUUUGGAAGUAAUUCCCGAUGAUUCAACCGGUCAAUGUGUUUGCUUUGUGUACGGACGAAAAAAUGCCCUCUACGCUAAUGUUGGAGCAUCAUCGAAAUUCAGCCUGGAAUACCUCAAACAUGCCGAAGUACAAGAAAACCUAAUGCGCAAAAGUAAAAAGCGUCAAAUUUUCUACAUUGAAGGUUUUUUCCUGCCUCAAAAAACCGACGUAGUCCGUCACAUAGUCCGUAACUAUCUCGGAGAGCAAAAAAUCCUAGUUCUCAAUCUCAGCGCACCUUACAUUAUCGAAGAGAAUUUUGACAUAAUGACGUUCCUAGUGCACAGUGCUCAUGUUGUAUUUGGUAAUCGUGAAGAAUUUACAACCUUGAGCAAGAAAUGUGGCUUCCGCACAAUCGAAGACUUUUCCAAACAAGAACUGACUCAAAAACCAUCGACAGUGUUUGUGAUAACAAAUGAUAAACAAAAUGUCUUGCUCAUACGAAAUAAUGGAACGCGAGAAGCUCCCAUGGUUGUGUUCGAUUCGUUUGCAGUGCCAAUGGUUAAGGUUGUUGAUUCGACUGGCGCUGGAGAUUCAUUUGUAGCUGGAUUUCUGCAUUCGUAUUUGAAAGGAUGUCCUUUAACCAAAUGUAUUCAACAUGCAACGGCGGUAGCUAGUUUAGUUGUUCAACAAGUAGGAUGUAAUUUACCUUAGAAAUUAGAGAGUUUAAGAACUGCACAUCAUUUAAAGUUUUAGUACAAAAUUCUCAAAUUGUUGUUUUCGAGAGAUUUUUUUUAAAGAUUGAAAUAUUUAGGUUCAAAAAUUAGAUUUAAAAUGUAGCUCGAAACAUAGCCCCCCCCCCCCCCCCUUAUUGUUAAAUUUUAUGAAUUUCUUAUCCCCACCUUGAUUGUGUUUAAGGUUUAAUUUUUGUUACUAAUUUUUUAGGUAUAAGUUGCUUCAAUUUUUUUUCAAUAUUCCUAAAAAACUUAUUUAACUUUCUACCAAAUAUUAAAGCGUUCAGCGUAUUCCUUUUUUACUUUAUCAUUGAAAAAUUAAGUUGAUCCUUAAACGCAGUCGAAUAACUUCUCUAAAAUUUCAUCAUAAUUCACGAUAAGGGAAAGAUUUAUUGAAAUCGUUCUUGAAAAUUUAGUUUAAUUUAUUUGCACCAUUUUUUUUAUGAAUA